AUGUCAAAUAAUCAAAGCUAUUCCUUAAAAAACCAACUUUACAAAGCCAAAGGUGAAGUUUUAAAAUUACAAAGAAUUUUGAGAACCUCUCAAAACGAGGUGGACAGAUUGAAUGAUAAUUUGGAUAGGGUAUAUGAUGAAAAACAGGAUGUGAUAGAUGACUUGGAGUCAUUGAAAAGACGGUUUUCAGAACUUAAAAGGAACUAUGAAAAAAUUUCCCGACAGAAAGAAUUUUAUCAACGAUGUUACCAGAACUGUGAGGCUGUUUUGAAUAAUGAUGGGAGUGCCAGAAAGAACCAAUCAUUAAAGGGGGUCUUUUAG